AUGACAUUAUCUCUGGGUUGUGGACAGACUCAUCCAGAAUGUGAUUCCCUAUCGGAGUGGAAGAGGAACGAGAGUGAUUGCCUGAGGGAGAUCCAGCAGCACCUGAAUGAAACGGCAGGUUGCAAGAGAAUAUGGGAUGAUCUCCUGUGUUGGCCAGACACAAACCUGGGGCAGACGCUCACCUUUUCCUGCCCAGGCAUCCUCGUCCACUUCAUGAAGCAGCCAGGUUGGGUGAAAAGAAGCUGCACAGCCCAAGGCUGGUCUGACCCAUUUCCACCCUAUGAGGUAGCCUGCCCAUUGGAAGAGGAGGUUGCUCUUGAAGUGUCCCACUUUUCUACCAUCAAAACCAUCUACACCGUGGGUUACAGCAUUUCUACCACCUCGCUUAUCAUUGCGAUUGGGCUCCUUCUUGCAUUCAGAAGACUCCGUUGUCCCAGAAACUAUAUCCACAUCCACCUCUUUCUCUCAUUCAUCCUGAAAGCAAUGGCCAUCUUCAUCAAGGAUGCGGUUCUCUUCCAAACAGAAGACAUCGACCACUGCAGUUUCUCCACGACCGAAUGCAAGAUCUCCGUGGUGUUCCUUCACUAUUUCAUCAUGGCCAACUUCAUGUGGCUCUUGGUGGAGGCUCUCUAUCUGAAUUGCCUGCUGCUAUCGUCCUUUCCCCAUAGAAGAAGAUAUUUCUGGUGGCUUGUUCUCCUUGGCUGGGGUAUUCCAACAUGUUUUACUCUCCUGUGGAUAUUAGUUAAGGCACAUUUUGAAGACAUUUUGUGCUGGGAUGUAAACCAAGGCUCUCCCUACUGGUGGCUAAUCAAGGGACCCAUUAUCGUUUCAGUCGGGAUCAACUUCGUGCUUUUUAUCAACAUCAUCAGGAUUUUGCUGAAAAAGCUGGACACCAGACAAAUCAAUUUCAACAACUCAUCUCAGUACAGACGUCUCUCAAAGUCGACUCUGCUUCUCAUUCCUCUCUUUGGAACACAUUACAUCUUCUUCAACUUCCUUCCUGAACAUGCCAGCAUGGGUGUCCGUCUCUACUUGGAACUCUGUAUCGGAUCCUUCCAGGGCUUCAUUGCAGCUAUUCUAUAUUGUUUCCUAAAUCAAGAGGUGCGAGCAGAGAUUUGCCGGAAAUGGCAUGGCAACAGUUAUGGAUUUAUGCCCAUUUGGAGGAAGAGAGCAAGAUGGACCAUGCCAUCAAGUUCGGGGAUGAAAAUGACAAAUUCAGUGUGUUAGGGGCAGUCAAGAGGGUGAAAGGAAGGCACGAACAGGCAAGCAUGGACUUCUGAAAUGCUUCUCACCCAGAGUCCUCAGUAAACAUAGGGCUGGUUCGUGUUGAUCUCUUAAAGACUGCAGCAAAUAGAUAGGGGGACACUUCUCAACUUGCCCUCUUCUGAGUUUCUCUUUGGAUUUUGGAGUCACCUGGACUGGUUUCUGGAAUGCAACUUUGUAAGAAUUCUUGUGUCUCCAUUGCACAUGACUGUGCACGUGCAGUUGGUCGCAAUGUCCAGUUCCUUCCCCCCUCUGUGUUACUGAAGCCCAUGUGCACACCCGAUAAAUGUCACCAAGAAGCAAUGUGGUUGUGCUUGUCAACAAAGCUGAGUCAAGAUGGGGAUGAGGGAGGGCCUGCAGGUGGGGCCAUCACUCCAUGGCUGGGCAUCUGCUUUGCAUAAGGCGGCCCCUGGUUCAAUCCCCAGCAUCUCCAGACUGGGUUGGGACAGGUAAAGGAAGGUCUCUUACCUGAGACCUUGGAGAGCGGCUGCCAGUCAGUGCAGGCAGGACUGAACAAGAUGGACCAAGGGGCUGACUCAGUAUAAGGCAGCUUCCUAUGUAAGCUAUGAAUGCAAUCCAAAUAGAAGCGAGAUUUUUGAGAAUGGGGCCACAGCUCAGUGGUAGAGCAUUUUAGGGGUGUGCAUGGAACUGAUUCUAUUGAUUCAGUUCGAAUUCUAGAAAGCAUUUUAGUUUUCGGUGUGUGUGUGUGUGUAUCCUUUUCAACAAAAUAAAAAAUCAUAGGGUGACGUCAUGGAAGCUCCAUUAAAACACUGUGGGCAGCUGCUGAACAGGGAAGGUGAGAGCGAAAUAACUAAUUUUACAGCAUAUGGACGUAUCUGAAGCCUUGUACGGAGGUUAGCCCAUUGGUCCAUCGCAUCCUUCAGCCAUUGUGGCUGGGAAUGAUGGCACUUGUAGUCCAACAACAUCCGAUACUCACUAGGAUAUCCCUUUAUUGGAACAAAGGAAGCUGCCAUAUACUGAGUCAGACCAUUGGUCUAUCUAGUUCAGUAUUGUCUUCACAGACUGGCAGCGGCUUCUCCAGGGUUGCAGGCAGGAAUCUCUCUCAGCCCUAUCUUGGAGAUGCUGCCAGGGAGGGAACUUGGAACCUUCUGCUCUUCCCAGAGUGGCUCCAUCCCCUGAGGGGAAUCUCUUCCAGUGCUGCUCACACUUCUAGUCUCCCCUUCAUAUGCAACCAGGGCAGACCCUGCUUAGCUUAGGGGACAAGUCAUGCUUGCCACCACAAGACCAGCUCUCCUCUCUUGCCUGAUGUGUAGGGGAGCAACUCCCCAAGCAUGCAGGCAGGAGUCUUCCUUUGUUAUGCUGGCUCAGGGUCUUUGACCAGAGAUGCCAGGAACUGAAUCUGGGACCUUUUGCAAGCAAACUGUCUUCCCUCCCUGCUCUACCACUAAGCUAGAGACUCUCCUUUAAACAAGGAAUGGAGGUCACUGCUGUGUCAUCACACUUGCA